UCCUCGUCGCACCUUCUGCUCCAUCACCAGGCGAUGCACCCCGGCAACUUCUCACAGCUCCGGACCUGCAGCACAGAUGACAGAUCCUGAAUUAGAACGGUAUGCUUGAUGGACAGGUCACAGAUCUAGACUGACUGUUUCAACACCAUCCUGCCCAGCUGGCCUCCCUAACUCUGUAGCCAUGGCAACUUGUCCGAGAGGCUGCACCCCAGCGGUGCGCCUUUGUCAGAAACUGAACCGACUCAAGACACUGGAUGAUGACAUGAUGGCCACGUCGCUGAAACGCUGCCUCUCCACCCUGGACCUGACUCUGUUGGGAGUCGGGGGCAUGGUGGGCUCUGGGCUUUAUGUCCUGACAGGAACGGUGGCUAAAGACAUGGUUGGGCCCGCUGUCAUCAUAUCCUUCAUUUUUGCUGGUUUUGCUUCACUACUGGCUGCAUUUUGCUACGCAGAGUUUGGAGCACGCAUUCCCAAAGUAGGAUCUGCCUACAUGUUUACCUAUGUGUCUGUGGGAGAGGUCUGGGCAUUUCUCAUUGGUUGGAAUGUGAUUUUGGAGAACAUGAUUGGUGGCGCUGCUGUGGCACGUGCCUGGAGUGGCUAUCUGGACUCCAUUUUUAACCACGCCAUCCAGAACUUCACAGAGACACACAUCAUGCAGUGGAAUGUGCCCUUCCUUGCCCAUUACCCAGACCUCCUUGCAGCAGGGAUUCUUAUAGUUGCCUCGUUCUUCAUUUCCUUUGGAGUUAAAGUGUCCUCUUACUUAAACCAUAUCUUCUCCGUUAUAAGCAUGGCUGUCAUAAUUUUCAUCCUGGUAUUUGGCUUUAUGCUGGCUGAACCAGCCAAUUGGAGUGCGAAAGAAGGAGGUUUUGCACCUUUCGGCCUAUCUGGAAUACUGGCAGGCUCGGCUACGUGCUUCUACGCAUUUGUGGGCUUCGAUGUAAUUGCAUCCUCAAGUGAGGAGGCCAAGAACCCACAGAAAGCAGUUCCCAUUGCAACUGCUAUUUCCCUUGGACUGGCAGCAGCAGCUUACAUCCUGGUCUCCACAGUGCUCACCCUAAUGGUACCCUGGCAUUCACUGGACCCAAAUUCUGCUCUGGCAGAUGCCUUCUUCCGCCGGGGUUACAGUUGGGCUGGAGUUAUUGUGGCAAUAGGUUCCAUCUGCGCCAUGAACACUGUUCUGCUCUGUAAUCUCUUCUCCCUCCCUCGGAUUGUGUACGCCAUGGCAGACGACGGGUUGUUCUUCUCCUUCUUUGCAAGGGUCAAUCCUGUCACCAAAGUCCCUGUCAAUGCUAUCCUGGUGUUCGGGAUCCUCAUGUCCACAAUGGCUCUCAUCUUUGACCUGGAGGCCUUGGUUCAGUUCCUGUCCAUCGGCACCCUCCUAGCAUACACCUUUGUGGCAUCGAGUGUAAUUGUACUGCGAUUUCAGCCCGACAAAACCAGCUCCAAAGGAACCGCUUCCACAUCUCCAAACCCAAAUGCUGAGACCUCCCCUGCCCCCACAGAGUCUCAGACCAUAAGGGAGGACAGCGGGGAGCUGAAGCAGUAUGAGUCUUUCUCUGACAAACUCCAGCUUGUGGAGAGACAGGCAUCAAGUGAGAAGCGUGGGGUGGGCCAGCUGAAGGCUUACUGGGAACCGUACCUCGGCAAGCUACUGGGGGACUGUGAGCCGGGUGAGGUGGUGGCCUUUUGCGUGCUUACGCUGAUCGUGAGCUCAGUCUCCCUUUGUGUCGUGUUAGAGUUUGGAACCAAACAGCUUCAGCUACCAAUCUGGAGCUUCUCAAUGCUGCUGGGGAUUUUUAUUUUAGCUUAUGUUCUCAGCCUGACACUCAUCUGGCUUCAUGAGCCACAAACCAGCAGCAAAACAUUCCAGGUACCUUUGGUUCCAUUGACUCCAGCUGCCAGUAUCCUCAUCAAUGUGUUCCUCAUGAUGAAGCUCAGCUAUCUGACCUGGAUACGAUUCACUGUAUGGAUCGCUGUAGGUCUAAUUGUGUAUUUCGGCUAUGGGAUCUGGCACAGUAAGGAGGGCAAGCGGGAGCUGCAGCCCAAAGACAUGGCCGCCCGGUAUGUGGUGCUUCCCAGUGGCAGCCUUGUAGAGACGGUGCAGCCUGUCCAGCCUGAAGGACAAAUGGACACCUCUGCACAUGACUUCAACAGCCCCACUGCCUCCACAGCUGAGGAGAACGCAGGAAAGAGAUGAUGUGUGACUAAAACUGAGUCAUUAUUGCUGCCUGGUAUUUUCUUUUCCACUCAUAUGCUUUACUAUACUCGUGUCCUCUCUGUAUAUCACUCCGUGUGACUGGCCUGCCACAGUCUGUACUCGUUGCUUAGCAAUUGUAAGCACACCACCGGAUGGGAUGCACGCUCUCCGUCUCUUUGUGAAGCCUAUUUGUAUAUCUUGUAAUACUGGAAUGUACAGUUGAGAGCUUUAUUAUUCUUGUAAACUAUUAGCAUCAAAUGUGUGUUGUAUACAUAUAUCCUUUAAGACCUGCUCUUUUCUUGCAACCAUGCCAGUUUGUCAGAAUCCACAAUGUAAUAGGUGCUUUCUUUGUGUAGUAUACUCAGUGGACGAUUUUUAAACUCAAUCAACACACAACAAAACUGUAAUAUCAUUUUAAGCAUAUUAAGAAUUCAUACAUUGCAUGUUUUUUUUUAAAGUUAAGCUGAGGAAUGCACAGACUUUUGUGAGUUUACAUUUUUGCCUUUUUACUCACACUGUAAUCCCCAAAGCCUCUGAGAAAUGACAUGCUCUUAUGUUGUCGAUCCCCCUGUUCAUCUCCUUCUUUUGGUACUCAUUAACUCCCCUUUGUAUAGUGGUUUCUUGCAGAUCAUUUCAUCCCACACUCUAAAAUAUGUGUUUAUUUUUCUAUUAUUACUAUUCUAUAAUUACUUUUUUACAAAUGUUAAUCUGAGUUUUCCUUUUCCUGUGUCUUUUAUAUAUGUUUUGCGUGUACCCCUGUUAGUUUCCAUCAGUAAUAUGUGCUCCCCUUUUUAAGUGGCUGACAACACUUUCAGUGCUUCACUUAAUCUCCUAAAUCUCGUCCCAUGACCCUACUCGUUCUUGUGUCACUGAUAUUGUGCUUUUCUCACGCACAUUUGGUUAGCAUCCCUUUUCCUGACUUCUUUCCGUUGGUAUGAGAUUAGAAAAUCAAAGCACAUAUUUAUUGAGGUUUGUCUUUUUAGAUUUUUUUUAAGAUUUCCUGAAAUAACCUGAAAGAUAAUUAAAUUAUUGACAUAUAUGGCAAGCACAAACCUACUGAAUGGGAACCUUCACAAACAGGGUAUAAUAUUGGUGAUCAGGCAGAUAUUGGUUGUUAUGUUAUGGGAUGGGCUUCCUGUCUCUGAGGCCUGCGUAAUCCCAGCAGAUUUGCAUUAGUCCCUGUUGCCAGUCUGCAGUUUGACCUAGAUUAGAGAAAGGCACACAUCUGAGAACAAUAUACAGAUAACAUUCCCACAGCCUACACUUAUAAACAACAGUGUCGACAUGUGAACGUGAGGCUUUAUUUAUAUCUCAAAGGUAAAUUGAUCCCUGACAAAUGCUAUGUUUCUAUUCAUUGUAGUGUGUGUUUGCAUGUGUUGCAUAAGAAACCAAUGGCCUUAAACGUGUUAUAACCAAUGCAGACUGAUUUCCAAAGCUAAAGUAAUCCGCUGUACUGAUUGAUUUAUUACAUUUUGUUAGAUAAGAACUCUUAAACAUGACUUCAACAUUUGUAUUAAACCAAAACACAAUCUUGGAAGAGAAUGUAAAGCAGAAGGCAUUUUGACAUUAUUUCAAAGACUUUUGUACAACUUUGCACACUGAAAACUAUUGUCUAGUUAUUUUAGGUAUUACAGUUGCUUUCAAUGUCCGGGCCAGUGACGGUUCAUGAUACUGUGGUGCUUCUUUAAGCUCAACAUUCCCUCACCUCUAUCUCUUGUCUUUUUUGUGUCUGUAUACAAAUGCAAACAACUGAUAAAUAAAUGUUUUGAAGCAGCAUUUAC